CAAAUUCGGAUUUUGAUUUCCAAAAGAAAACGGAGAAUGAAAUAUCCAAAUUAUGACAUUCUAUCAUCUAUCACUGCAGCCUACAUUUUCCUCAACUUCUAUAAUGGCUGCUCUGCAAAUGAGUUAUGCUUUUAACAAGUUAACAUCAAUCAGCGAAGCCAAGGUUGUCACUGCCAACCACUCCUCCAAACAUUACUUACAUUGCGGUCUCCCUCGAAAAUCAAGAAUUAGGAGUUUGGCCUCUAGCAAUAUAGAGACUGCAGUUCCUGAACCCACAGAGAACAUUACGCCACCCACUUCUCCUCAAAUCGACUUCGUUUUUGUAUCUCCAGAGCAACCAUCAGAAGAGGAGUUCGAGGUGCAGAGAGGUCCAGCCACCGGGGGCCAGAAACUUAGAGAUAUUAUGCUGGACAACCAGCUCGACUUGUAUGGUCCUUAUUAUAAUUUGCCUUUACUUAAUUGUGGAGGUGGUGGCACAUGUGGUACAUGCAUUGUGGAGAUUUUGCAAGGUCAAGAACUACUCAGUGAGCGAACAGACAAAGAGAAAGAACAUCUUAAGAAGAAGCCCAAAACGUGGAGGCUUGCCUGCCAAACUGUUGUGGGAAAUAAGGACUCCGUUGGCAAGGUGGUGGUGCAAAGAUUGCCAGAAUUCAAGCAGUUUGAUUGGGCUUAAAGACAGUCUUUUUCAUCUAUUAGCAUGGAAGAGCAUCUCUUGGACUUAAUGCUCUUCACAAGUGAAAUGUAAAAGCAAUCUCCAAAGCUAUCACAUGCGGCCAUUACUACUAUGCGUUGCAAUUGGCAUUUAAGUAUUCACGAGGAUGUUUAUUCCAUAUAAAUAAAUCACCCAGUGUAAAAUUCAUAUUUAACUAGAAAUUAAUUUUAUUAGUCAUAACAAUUGGCAUUUUAGUAUUCAGAAAACUUAUUCUAUAUGAAUAGAUUACUUAUGGUAUAUUCAUAUUAACAUAAUAUUAAUUUAAUAAAUCAUUUACAUAGAUUUGGAAUUAA